UCAUGAGUGCUUUACCGCCAUGCCAGGAAAAGUGAGCCGGUAUUUAAAUUGGCUCCACUUUCUGCUGUCCAUGUGGGCUGUGCUGCAGGUGACCCUCUGUCAGCCGUAUCAGUUGCCCCACCGCUGCUCAAAUCGCCUGGAGAACGCCUUGGAGCACAUGCGACGUCGUAGUGUCCAGACCAAGAGCUCCUCCUCCUCCUCCUACUCGAGGGCCAUGUGGGAGCCCCCGCCCCAGAGUCCCUACCAGCUGUACCACAGCUUCUACGGCCAGCACAGCGAUCCGGAGGAUGACUUCUAUAAUGUGGGCGGUGGCUACAACACGGGACGUGGCUACCAUGCCAAGCUGCUCCACAAAAAUGGACAGGCCUACCCCCUCUCCGAUUCCAGUAGUUCCGGAGCUCUGGAGCUGGAGGAUUUGCUGGCGGUGAACCAAGAGAAGCUGCAGCAGCAGCACAGGCAGCCCCACAAACUGGCCAUUUCUCGGGUGGAUGUGGAGGAUCUCAAGGUGCGAGUGCCACCGGCCAAGUCCGCCAACCGCUGGGUGGAGAUCGACAAGUGCAAGUUCAGCACGGAGAACUCCACACUGGACACCAGGCUGAUCUUUCCGGAUCUCACGCUGAGCGGAAAGGUUGUCAUGCAACCGAUGGGAGGAAAAUGUCACAUGAUUCUGAGACUCCGACAUGCGGGCAUUGAGUUCCGAACAGUUCCGCUGGGCUAUGAUUCCGGAUCGGGGCCAUCCUCGAACUAUGAGCAGUCCAGGAGAUUGGGUGCAGCCUCGGUGCGAACGGAUUCGCACUUCGCAGAGCCCGGAUUCAUAUCGGUGUUUGCCCACGGCUGCCAGGGACCCACUGGCAUUCGCCUGCGUCAGAACUCCAAGCGGAGAUUCGGCAAUGCUCCGGAUGUGGAACUGGGUGAACCACAUGUCAUCCUGGGCAGCAAAAGGCCGCAGAGAUGGGGCAAGUAUCAUCACACCCAGGAUGCCCAACAGCCGGGCUAUGACAUCCGGAGGGGUCAAAAUGCAAAUCCGCAGAGGGAUCGGGAUCACAGCCUGGAGUUGGGCAGCGAUAGCCAGGCCCAGGAUUCGGGUGAGUUCAUCGAUGUUCAUGGCGAUAACUUCUACCGGCGGCAGUUCAGCAAGAAGAGGAGACGCCGUCGGCGGUUUGCCAAGGAGGAGAGCUUCAAGGACCAGAUGACCUUCAGUGAGGAUGUGCUGCACUUCGAGGAUGAGCAGCUGCAGCAGCUGGUGGAGCCGGAUGCCCGUGCGUUUGCGGAUAUCUUUGGUGGUGGCGGCUCGAGUCCCAGUGGAGAUCGCGAGGAGCUGGUGGGCGAGGCCAUGUCACACGAGCUGGAGAAGCUCUUCUCGAUGGGCGUGCGCGGUCUCCUGACCACCUACAUGCAGCGGGCCCUCCAGCCGGCCAUCAAGGAGACCCUGAUGGAGAACAUGGGCUACACCCUGAGCUAUGGCUAA